AUGAAAGCAAUCGUUCUCAGUAUCCUCUUUGCUCACGCAGUGGCAGCGGCAGACUUCGGAGUUGGCUUCAAUCUCAACUUCGACUAUGCCACUGCCAGUGUCCAUUACGCCAAUGGUACUAGCAUCGGCAUAGCCAAGAUCGAAGGGGGGUCCAGUUACAAGCGAAUGAUGCGCAAUCAAGUCUGGGAAAUGUCUAGCCAAGAUCCAUCUGAUGUACAGCACGACCUGACGCAGCACAUUGCCACGAGCUCAAGAAAGACUAGAUCGCAGGGCAUUCGCGAUCAUCUUCCCCCAUGGCUUGGUGGUCGUGCGCCUGAUGAGCGGACGCAGCUCAUAAAACGCAUGUUGCAAAGUCUCAGCAGCUCGGCGGAAGCCUUCACCGAAGUCAAGGUGCACGAUAUCGUUAUUGUGCUCCCGGGCUUGCCUUCAUCAGAAGUGAUCGAAGCAACAAGAUCUGCGACAGCUUCCAUCGGACUGCGGCUGCCUGUUCUUGGACAUUCAUGUGCUCCUUCGAUGGCCAUCUAUGCUAACAGAUGGGCCAGUCUCGGCCAUGGCGAAUUCGAAGAGGAGGAGUGUUACAAGUGGCAAGAAAGAUUAGUUCUGGCAGUAGAUUACAGUCGUGCCGCUCUCACUGGUGUCCUCUACGCCGAAGACUGUUUUGGACUUUUGGAAGGCAUUCGCGGGUUUCAAGAUACAGACCUUGGGAAAGAUGCUGCAUGGUCGAAAGGUGACGCCGCUGGAAGAGCAAGUAUUGUGGAAAUCCUUCGUCAGCUCGUUCGCCUGCCUGUCGUUACUGAUCAGGGCAAUGUCUUGAAUCACAUUCACGGCAUUACCUUGUCAGGCGAAGCAGGCUACGACAAACAGUUAAGAUCGGUUCUGAAAGAGUUUUUCCAAAGUGAAACGGGAACUGCCAACUUCUCUGUCGUAGCCAUGCACGACAUGUCCAUGACCUCCGAAGCCAUGGUAGAUCCGCUCUUCGCAGGUGCUAUGGGAUCGGCAGCCAUUUGCUGGGAACGGCUCGAAUGGUACGAGACGACUCAAGGGAGGCUCGAAUUGCGAUGA